UUGCCUAAAACUAAAACUCAAGUUCCAAAAUUAGUUCCAGCCACACCAAAAUCUUUUAGUGCUGCUAAUAAACUUAACGCUUCCAACAAAUCAAAUCCUAUUAAUACUCCCAUGUUAGAAAAUAAAACAGGCACAGCCCUGGAUUUGUCUACCCCACAUAAUAUUCCAAAGUCAAUUGGGGUCCUCAGCAGUCUAAAGCAUUUGAAACCCAUGAAAUCAAUUGAUAAUUUGGCAAAGAAGCAAAGUAUGCCCUCUAAACUCACUCCAAUUUCAAUGUCUCAAGCAAAUUUGUUUUCUAGUUUAACCUCUAGAGCUCUACCCACUGCUCCACCCCUUAGAGUGCCCUCAGCUAAUACCAUAAAAUCAGCUUAA